AGAGGAAAGGCAAUGCCAGAGAUAAGGCAUGUUUCACUGCGUUCCUAGUCCAGUCAUCAGUAACGGGAAUCAAUACACGACUAAUAAUUUAUGAGCAUUUCUAAGCUACGAGACGAGGACUAUGCUGAUUUUGACGACGAUGAUGAAUGUUCUGCUGUUUACGAAGUACCGCUGAAUAAUGAAGAAAUUACUAACAAUAAGGAUAAUGGAAGCAGCUCAUCUGCAAAGCUCACUUCAUCGGCGAGCGAAGGCAGUCUUCUUAGGGAAAUUAAGAAGAAACUCGGGCAUACACUUCGACGAAAAAGCGAAGACACCACAAUCAAAACGAAUUCGACAAAUGAUCCCGGAGAAAUGGUGGCCAGCGGAGUCAAAUGCCAAGAUUGCAUUAGAAGAGAUGCUGACUUAAGACGAUUAGAAAACGAAGUUGCUGGUUUAAAGAGAGAAGUUGAACAACUUACUUUCGAAUCGACUGAGUUGGGCACUAACCUUGCCGAUGCAGAAACAAUGCUCUACGAAAAGGAUGAAGCCUUGAAAAGUCUGGAACUCACACUGUCACUAGCACAAGAAGGACGCGCAGCGUUAGAUGCGGAUCUGCGAAGGAAAACAGACGAGUGUCUUAGUUUACUUGAAAGUCUUGAAAAAAUGUCGACUUCAUCAAAGGAGAAACAAAAGGAACAAGAAAAUCUUAUCGAGAAUUUACGCAGUGAACUUAGCGAUAAGAACAAGGAAUUGGAAAAUCACCAGCAGGAACUGGAGAAGAACGAGAAAGAAAUAUCAGAGUUAAAUGCGGCACAUGUAGCGACAAAAGAAAUUGCCGCAAGUCUUCAAAGCACCGCUUCUUCUCUCACAGAAGAGCUUAAUCGCAUAGCUUCAGAGCGAGACGAACUCAAGAUCAAAGUGGAAAAUUUAUCUCAAGAAUUAGAGGAAUCAAAGAAAGCAAGCGCCACAUUCAACGCUGAGGAAGUUGAGGGACUAAAGCAGGAAACACAUAGUUUGAAACAAAAAAUUCAGGAAAUGGAGAGAACGCACCAACUUGCUGAAGCAGAUUUUACGGCAAUCCAAGCAAGUCAAAACGAGUUUGCUGAGAUCCUCAAUAAGAGGGUAGAGGAGUUGAAAAAGGAGAAAUCAGAGUGGUUGGCAGAAAGAGACAGCUAUGAGGAACAGAUCAAAGGAUACAAGAUAGAGUUGUGUGCAGCUUAUGACGAUGCUAGAUAUCGAACUUCCGGACCUCAAGCUAAGGAUGACGAACUCAAUUUUGAGAUAGCUGAACUCAAAAAGGCGAAUGAAAAUCAAUCUCAAUUGAUAGACAAUUUGAAAUGCAAAAUCGACCAGUUUGAGGCAGAAAAAUUGGAUAUGUCGCUAGAAAAAACAAAGUAUAAAACUCAAAUUGAGGAACUGAAGGAAGAGAAAGCUGAAGCAGAAUUAAGAGUUGAGACACUAGAGCAACAAGAAGGCGAACUUCUUGCCAAGAUCAAAAGUCUGUCGGAGGCAAAAGAAGAGUAUGGUGAGAAAGUAGACUCGUUAACUAGAGAGGUGGAACAGUUACGGCAAGAGAAAAACGCUUGGGAUGAGGAGAAGACGCGAAUCAACUCGCAACUGCAGGAGUUGGAAAAAUCAGUCACUUCCGCUAGGGACUUUGAUAAGGAGCGAUCUGAUUUUAAUGACAGAAUAGAUGAACUCAACAAGGAGAAGUCAGAGCUAUCGUUGCAGUUGCAAGAGGCGGUGGACUCUCUUGCUGUUUUGCAAAAAAGGAUUAGUUCUUUGGAAUCGACAAUGAAUGACCUCCAAAACGAUCAUGCUAAGGAACUUGAGCAACUUAGAACUGCUUCUGCACGAAGCGAGGAGAGCUCAUUAGAAAAAGAAAGACGCGUGGAGCAGCUCCAAUUUGAUUACGACGAAGCUAUGGAGAAGGUCCGCACAUUGAUGGACGAAAAAGCUGCUGGAGAUGCCGAAGUGCUCCGGUUGCAGGAAGAGCUGUCGCGAAAGCAGAAUGAGUUGGUAUCUUUGCGAAUUAAGGAGGCGAAUACCGCUGCUCUCUACAACGAUGCUAAAUACAAAAUAACAACUGUAGAGAAAACUAAGGAAAUCGAAACGGCUCCCUUGGAGAUUAGAAAGAGCGCAGUAUUGAUGGAAAGUGAAGAAGAAGUCGACAAUGUGCCAAACGUUUCCACACGAUCCUCAAGUCCAAGGAGAAGUCCUGAUACAUACGAGGAAUAUUACUGCGAAGAUUGCAAUACCUUUGGCGAGCAUGCGACUGAGAACUGUCCAUUUCGUGUGCAAACUACCGAAAAAGUAUCCUACACGUCCAAAGAGUUCUGCGAGUUUUGUGCAGAGUAUGGUCAUGACACAUUUGCUUGUUCAUCCUAUAACGCACGGUCCAAACGAGCAAGGAAUGUAAAAUUAUGAGAUAUCUGUACAAUUCUUUCCUUCAGUGAUAUUUGUUGUAAAUGUUUGGGAAUAAGAGUGAGUGGAAAAGUGACUAAAAAGUUUGAAA